UCGCCGGGCCCACAAGCCUACGCCACCGAACAGACCGCGUCCCAAGCCCAGUACAUACCAACCCCAGCUUCCUCACACACCCAGCCGCAAGCCGUACCGAACUUCCAGCCACAAUCGCAUGACCAAGGAGCACCCGCGAAUUCACAUAACCCCUUCGGGUUGCCACAACCACAGUCCCCGGCACAGAUGGCGUACGCUCAGGCACAGCCCCAACAAAGUGCACAACAACACACACAGCAACUGUACGCGCCACCUGCGGCACCCGCGCCUGUGGUGGCAGAGGCAGAGCUGAUCUCCUUUGAUUGA